CCCUUCAUUGUCAGCCUGUGUGAAAAGACAAGAGUGAGUGUGCGUGGUCUGAUUCAGGCCUAAUGAAGUGGUUUCCUCUGGGCAGAGCUAUAAACCCAGUAGCUGCUCUGUCUGGGAAUCUAGUCAGAAGGCAACUGCAAACGUUCACCACUCUCUGAAGGGAAGCUCUUCCAUGCUGGCUUUGCCUCCACUAUGGCAAAAAUCAUUUUGAGGCACCUCAUAGAAACUCCAGUGCGUUACCAGGAGGAGUUUGAAGCUCGGGGUUUGGAAGACUGCAGACUGGAUCAUGCUCUAUACGCACUGCCUGGGCCAACCAUCGUGGACCUGAGAAAAGUCAGAGCCGUGCCGCAAUCUCUUCCAGUGGACUCAGCAACCACAGAGACGCCACCCCAAGAAGGCAAAUCCCGCUUUCAAAUUCUGCUGGACGUGGUCCAGUUCCUCCCAGAAGAUAUCAUCAUUCAGACCUUCGAGGGCUGGCUGCUGAUUAAAGCUCAACAUGGAACCAGAAUGGAUGAGCAUGGUUUCAUCUCACGAAGCUUCACCCGACAGUACAAACUGCCAGAUGGCGUUGAAACCAAAGAUUUGUCUGCCAUCCUCUGUCAUGAUGGAAUUCUGGUGGUGGAAGUAAAGGAUCCGCUUGAGACUAAGUGAAACCUUAUCGGGGUUCCUGUUCCUAGGAUAUGAGGAAGAUGUUCUAUGGAUGGUACCACGGGAAUUUUUGUGUUACCCACGUUUGAAAUAAUUUGCUAUGACUUUUAUGAAGGUUAAAAAUAUAUACAUAGUUCCUGGUAUGUUGAAGAUGUUUUUAUUAUUCUUAUGCCGAAAGAGAAAUUGUUAAAUAUGUUUGUGCAGUUCAAACUGAUGCUAUUCUUACAAGGAAAACAUUGAACCUUUAGGAGACUGUACAUUGAUACUAGAGAGGUCUCAGAAUUGUUUCUUAAUGACUCCAACAAUGCUAGACAGGCUAUGUUUUUAUAA